AUGUCAGAGAGACAUAAACAAGUUGAAGCCCUGUUGCUGACAUUGUGCAUUCGGAUCACAGUCUGCAAUCGAGGGAACGUCAUCCGCGACUGGAAGCAUCAACAUUCGGAGCGGCUCUCCGCCACUCGGGUGAUGUUGGAGGUCAGGCUGAGCAUGUUUCCUGACGUGCGACACUUUGACCUCUCUGCCUCCCCCUCCCCUCUGCGGAUGACAAGGACACCCCCCAAUGAAAGGCAGCCGGGAGAUGAGUCACUGAAUUUCCUCACCCCACACUUCAAAUGCAGCAGGGGCAAAGAUUAA